UUCACACUCAGUGUCUCUGAGUCUGAGAGAGAGAGAGAGAGAGAGAGAGAGAGAGAGAGAGAUGGCGGAGGAGAGAGAGGAAGAGAAGCAAUUGAAGCAAAAAAUCGCGAAGAUUCUGGAAGAAACUCGAACCUCCUACGCCACUCACAACCGGAAACUGAAGGAGCUCUCAGCCCUCCGAUCACGAUCAUCGUCUCCACUCCAGUUCUUCUCCGCCUUCUCCAAAACCCUAACCCCGCUCUUCACUCUCCAGCGGCGCGUCGCCUCCACCGAGCGCGUCGUACGCUUCGUCUCCAUAUUCGCCAGUGCCUCCGUCGAUUCCGAUGCUUUCCUCGAGGAGUUCCUCAGGUUCCUCCUCGUCGCCGCCGCUGCCGCCAACAAGACCGCCAGGUUCCGCGCUUGCCAGAUGGUUUCCGAGAUCAUUAUGCGGUUGCCGGAUGAUGCGGAAGUGAGCAGUGAACUUUGGGAUGAGGUAAUAGAAUGCAUGUUGGUGUGCGUGAGGGACAAGGUCUCUAUAAUCCGAACAUUUGCAGUCAGGGCUCUUUCACGCUUUGCAAAUGAUGGUGAGAACAGUGAUAUCCUAGAUUUAUUUCUUGAGGUGCUUCCCAUAGAACAGAAUGCGGAUGUUCGUAAGACAAUAGUUCUAUCAUUGCCUCCUUCAAAUGCAACAUCACAAGUAAUUAUUGAUUGCACCACAGAUGUGAGUGAGUCAGUGCGCAAAGCAGCAUACUGUGUUCUUGCUAAUAAAUUUCCUCUUCAAAGUCUAAGUAUUAAGCUCAGAACAACAAUUCUUCAGAGAGGACUUGCUGACCGUUCUCUAGCGGUCUCAAAGGAGUGUCUAAAGUUAAUGAAAGAUGAGUGGCUUAUUAAGUGCUGCAAUGCAGACCCUGUAGAACUUCUCAAGUAUCUUGAUGUUGAAACCUAUGAAUUGGUUGGGGAGUCUGUGAUGGGGGCUUUGUUAACAGCUGGUUUAGUGAAUCUACGUGAUGGGGAAAGUAUUCAGCAAUACAUAUCAUCUACAGUUGAUAGAACAGAAGGUUGGGGGGACUCAGUGCAUUGCACCCCAAGCAUCCAAUUAAUGGAAGCAGAGGUUGCGCUUUAUUGGAGGACUGUGUGUAGACAUUUGCAGGAUGAAGCACAAGCAAAAGGCUCUGAUGCUGCUGCUACAAUGGGCACUGAAGCAGCAGUAUAUGCCGCAGAAGCUUCAGACAAUAAUGACCUACUAGAGCGAAUUCUUCCUGCAACAGUUUCUGAUUAUAUAGAUUUGGUGAAGGCUCAUAUUGAUGCUGGACCAAAUUAUUGCUUUGCAUCUAGGCAGCUACUAUUGCUUGGUGCAAUGCUUGAUUAUUCUGAUGCUACAAACAGGAAGGUUGCCAGUACAUUAGUGCAGGAACUGCUGCACAAGCCUCCUGAGCAUGAAGUGGAUGAUGAUGGGAACAUGGUUGUUAUAGGAGAUGGGAUAAAUCUUGGUGGAGACAGAGAAUGGGCUGAUGCAGUGUCUGGACUGGCAAAGAAAGUCCAUGCUGCUAAUGGUGAAUUUGAACAAAUUCUUCUUGGGGUUGUAGAAGAGCUUGCUCGGCCUUGCAGGGAGAGAACUGCAGAUUUCAUGCAGUGGAUGCACAGUUUUGCUGUUACUGGUCUUCUCUUGGAAAAUGCGAAAUCAUUUCGUUUGCUUCAGGGACAAGCUAUUGAACCUUUUGAACUACUGCAAUCUUUGUUGCUUCCAGGGGCAAAACAUGUUCACUUGGAUGUGCAAAGGAUUGCUGUCAGGUGCCUUGGGCUUUUUGGGUUGUUAGAGAAGAAGCCAAGCGAGGAACUAGUAAAGCAAUUGAGGCUUUCCUUUGUUAAUGGCCCUUCUGCAGUUUGUGUAGUUGCUUGUAAGGCUCUAAUUGAUCUUGUGAUGUGGCAUGGGCCUCAGGAAGUUGACAGGGCCUUGGGGGAGAAUUUUUCAUCAAAAGUCCAAGAUGAUAAGAAGGCUUUUAGUCCUGUAAACUUAUCUGAUGCAGGUGAAGGUUUGGAUGUUCACAUGCUUGAUCUCUUAUAUGCUGGAAUUGACAGAUAUGAGCAGGGAAACUCUUUAGCAAGUGAUGAAAAUGAGUCCGUUCAAGCUAUUCUCGGGGAGGGAUUUGCAAAGAUUCUUCUUCUAAGUGAGAACUAUCCUAGCAUACAAUCUUCUUUACAUCCUUUUCUCUUGGUCAAGCUCAUUAACUUGUAUUUCAGCAAUGAAAGAAAAGACCUGCAGAGGUUGAAGCAGUGUUUAUCUGUGUUCUUUGAGCAUUAUCCUUCCCUCUCUGCAAAUCACAAGAAAUAUUUAUCCAAGGCUUUCAUUCCUAUCAUGCGUUCAAUGUGGCCAGGCGUCAAUGGCAAUGCUGGGGGUUCUCCAGUUCUGGUGUCUGACAUGCGUAAGCGUGCAGUCCAAGCAUCACGUUUCAUGCUGCAGAUGAUGCAGGCUCCAUUAUAUGAAAAGGAGACUGUGAAAGAGGAUGAAAAUGGAAAUAGGGAACUACCGGAAGUCAUAGAUGGUUCUCUAGAACCUCUGCUUGAGUGUAGUGAAGAGGGGCUUGCAAUACGCAUUGCUGUAGAGGUUGCAAGCUUCCAUAUGAAGAAGACAGCUGCUGAGAGGUCAUAUGUUUUGGCACUAUGUAAAAUACUUCUCUUGCUCCAUUUUCGGUUAUCAGAACAAGGGUCAAUAAAGUUAAUGAGGAGGCUUCUAAAUCAUGUGGCUGAGUCUGUCUUGGCAGAGAAGGAUCUUGUAAAGGAACUGAAGGGGAUGGCUGAUCGUCUUAAGGCAUUAGAUAGAGAACCAGAGCAAGAACUGUCACAAGAUCAAGCCAAUCUUAUUUUGGGGAGGUUGGAACUCGACUUUAACCUGGACACCAAUGGUUCUGUGGAGAUGCUACAAACACCAGCACCACGCUCAAGCAGACCGCCCCGUUCUAGGAGACGUGUGAGGCUUGAAGAGGUCUCUUCUGAUGAAGAAGUUUCACCUAGUUCUGUUGUUCCCACCGUUCCUGGCACAAUAAGCAUGCGCUCGCAGAGGGCUAGUAAAACUGCAGCACUGACGAAGAUGACUGCCACUAGAUCAAUGAGGAUUGAUUCAUAUGAUGAUGAAGAGGAAGAAGGCUCUGAGGUGACAUCUGAGGAAGAUUCGGAUGAAUCUGAUGAGUAAUAUGAAUGUGAGGUUGGCAUGAUGGUUCCCUCUGUCAAUGCCAUGAUUUUUCCUCGACAGUAAUAUACGUUGUAAGAUUUUCUAUUUAGGCUGCUGUUUUUGUACAGGGGGUGCAUGAGACUUAAUGGGAUAUGCAAGUGUGGUUUAGGAAAAUACCACAAAAAUAAUUUUUGUGGCUGUAAAUGCUAGUUCAUGAGCCAUUGAGCCUUAUGCCCUUACAAUAUAUAUAUAUUUUUGUCUUCAGGAGUUUCAGUUUGUGAUGUAAUGAGGCUGGUGGUGAAAUUCUUCCAUACGCUUAAUGAUAUUUGGUAAUUGGUAUCU